AUGACAACAAGCAGUCGAAAGUGUAUUUAUCAGGGAAAACUCUAUCAUUCAUUUAACAUCACUUCUAUUGAUCCGUCAACUGGUAAGGUGAAAUUUGAUCUAACGUGGAAAGAGAGGGUUCUGGAUAAUACUUAUGGUAGGCCAAGGGACAUUACAAAACUAGCCGAUGAUGUUCACAGGGCUUUGGUAAAUGGAAAACUUGGCCCCAAGAAACUUAUAGUCUAUGGACCACCAGCACCGCCUACUCGCCUUACUGACAUAGACACGAAACAAGAUAGCGUCACUAUUGGUUGGGAACAUCCUAAGUACUUUGAGAUCGAUUAUUAUCAUAUUCAAAUUUGGCAGGCGUCAAGUAAUACGUGGCAAAACACCAGUAAAGUUCACGGAACAAAAACGAGAGCCACUAUUGAUGGUUUGGAAUCAGAUACAUUUUAUAAUGUAUCAAUGUACAGUGAAAAUAAAUACGGUGUUAGUCAGAAAAAAUCUAACGUUAUUGAAGUGAAGACAAUGAAAGAAAAUAACAAGGGUUCGGAUAGUGUGAUAAUUAUAGCCAUCGUUAUUCUAAUAAUCGUGGCCGCUUUGGUAGUUCUACUUGGAUCUUUUUACUACUUCCGACGGAGACGGGAUGGGACUAAUCUUUCACUUUCAAACCCGUACGAGCGAUCUAUUCCGGGCGUUUCGCCUCAAGAGAUUUACAUCGAAAAUGAAAAGUUAUUUUGUCCGAGCGGGCAAUUUGGAAUUGGGGAAAAGCAAGAAUAUUUCUCAUGGAAGGAAGUAUCACGUGAUGCUUUACUAAUAGGAGAUAUUUUGGGUCAGGGGGAGUUUGGCCUGGUCAUGAAAGCGGUGUUGACAAGCGAAAAGUCUAGUGACAUGACAGUUGCUGUUAAGAGUGUCAAAGACAUUGCAACUGAUUCUGAUCGCAAAGAACUUUUCAAGGAAUUAAGAUUAAUGGCCAAUGUUGGCGAUCAUCCGAAUAUUGUUAAUUUAGUCGGAGCUUGUUCAAGAGGAGGGCCAUUAUUAUUGAUUGUGGAAUAUUGUGAGCACGGAAGUUUGUUGGACUUUCUUAAAAGUCAUCGACAAGACGUAGCUGAGAAUGGAACGUUUCUGACUUCAUUAGACCAGUUGACACGACUGAGAUUUGCCUAUGAUGUCUCGAAAGGAAUGGCCUAUCUCGAGACCAAGAAGAUUGUCCAUCGCGACUUGGCGGCAAGAAACGUUCUCUUGGGAAAGCAUAAAGUUGCCAAGGUGUCUGACUUUGGUUUGUCGCGUGAUAUAUACGAAACUGGGUUGUAUCAGAAAACGACAUCGGGUAGACUACCGGCAAGGUGGAUGGCUAUCGAGUCGUUGCAAGACGCAAAGUAUACUUCAAAGAGCGAUACAUGGUCGUUUGGUGUUUUAAUGUGGGAAAUUGAGACAGGAGGAAUGGUGCCGUAUGCUGGCGUGGAAUCCCAAGAGUUAUUAUUAUACUUACAGCGUGGUAGCCGUUUAUCUAAACCGUCUGAAACUUCACCUAAAGUAUUUGAAAUAAUGAAAUCAUGUUGGCAAACCAAUGCAGAUUCCAGACCGGCUUUUAAAGACUUGGUUUUCGCAUUAGAAAAAAAAGUCGAGGAUGGCUCGAACUAUGUACCAGUUGUUAUUGAUGAUGCCAUGAAGGAUUGCGAAAAGCAAGAUAAUUCCUAUGUCAACUGGCAACCUGGUCUCGUAUAGAUCAAGGAAUGGAAGUAGCAAAUAUCUAUAGGAAACUAUAUAUAACUACACUGGUAAAAAUAUUGAAUCACGCUGGUCCAAAUUAACUAAAUUUCUCCAACUCGUGUAGGCUUAUAUUGUCAGGAGACAACCUACAUAAAAUUGAGAGCAGUGCGUAAAAUGAAAAGCUUUUAAUUUUAACUGCCAAGACCGGUGGAAAAAUGAGCCCACUGUACUGGGAGAAAAUGACAACGAAUUGCAGUGUAUUUUGGUUGAAAAAACCUGGGGGUAGAAAUAAAAGGAGAGUUGACUUGACUGGAAGCUUAAUUGGGCCCGGCUGAUUUCUUUUGUGCGCCGUUGCUAUUAUAAUUAUGUAAACAUGAAUAUAAACCCCCCAAUUAAGCGAUCUAGCGACGGCCCUUACCUCAUGUACUACAACACAGCGGCUUGUACGAUACUUUUCUAAAGCUAGGCAGACAAGCGCAAUAACUAAAGGCUGUUUUCCACUUACGCGUUUUUCAUACGCACGUACACGCACGUCAAAGUCGAA